AUGAGUUCAUUAUUAUCUCAUAUCUGCCCUCAGCAGCCAGGACUUAAAAGCCCGAAGAAAAAGUGUACCAAGCGCAAAGCUGCCAACAUUGAUCUCAAGGCCGCCAAGCCAAAGAGAACACGGGCUCAGCACUCAGUAGUACCUCCACCCUCGGUCACGGCUUCUACUGUGGAUGAAUCUCAACAAACUCGACGUUCAGGAUGUCUAGGUGCAGGGAAGGGAGACAGGAACAUUCAACUAGAGCGAUUAGACGCUAUCUUGGAUGCUCCAGCGCGGACUAGCCAGCCCAAAGGCUCUAACUCUCUUGAUUCCAAUAUUCCUGCAAACCCUGCUGCUUCCGAACUGCCCCACAAGGAUUGUGGUAGUUGUUCAAAGAAAAAGCAGCCCCCUCCCCCAUACAACAUUUCGGAGCAACCAAUUCUGAACACUAUGAUGAUCAACACUCCAAUUCCCAAUGCUCCAAUUUUCAACACCACAAUUCCCAACACCACAAUUCCCAACACCACAAUUCCCAAUGCCAAGAUUCCCAGAGCACGGCCGAAGACAAAGACUGUUGCUCCUCCCCUGAGCAUGGAGUCGGGGAGCAACAAGCCCACUUUUUUGCAAUGUGAAGAUGGUGGACGGUUUGGAUUUUCUCAGCCCAUUGUCCCCCCUGGCACGGAACCUGACCUCCAGAUGCUAAAUAACUCCUUCAUAGCUGCAGCUAAGGAGACACAUGUGGCCUCUGAUGCCUUGCAACAUCACUUUCCUAUCAUCACUUCUAAUCCUUCUGGCAGUUGUCUCGCUAGUGGUGGAGAUUUGUCACAACCAGUGUUCUUGAGGAUGACUUCGACUACGGCAGCAGACACCCUCUUUUACCAGAAUUUGGACCCUACCCUCCGGCCAACCGGACCACAAAGUACAGCAUCUGAAUGUUCCGACUCUGGCAAGGGUGACAGUUCCGAGUCAUCUGACAAUGAUGACGAAGAUGAGCAGAUUGGUUGGGGGGCAGUUGGGGGGCAUUGUACUAAACAUCUUAGCGCUAGCCUCACAAUUGGCUAUUUUGAUGGUAUUUGGCACCAGUGCACUUUCCAUCCAUUCCCUGCUAUGCCUAACAUCACCCGCACCCGACCCGAUGAUAACCCGAUACCCCGCACCUUAGGACCUGCUACCUUCCCACGCUUCGGACUAUCCCUAUGUCCAGUCCGUUCCCAUGCAUCCCCAUUGCGUCAUAGCGCACACCCUGGUUUUUCUGGGGAAGAGCAACCAUCCCAACCUCGGGUUGUGUCCCCUCGUCCCCCAGAUUUUCAAUUUCAAUUUUCGUGUGAUGAAGAUGACCAAAUGGCGGAGAAAGCUUUAUCUGUUGGCACUGGCUUGAGUGAUAGUAGUGCGUCAGCGGAUGACAGGAUCGCUCCUAAGCCGGAUGAUGUCUUAAACCUUCGCCACCAGAAGAAUGGCCAUCCCCAGAUGCCUAAUCCUGAACUCUUGGACCUUUUCCGACGUGCUGAAACAAACACCAGCAACACAAAGGUAAACAUGCAGGCAGUCAAAGUUACAGCAAAAUCCAAGGUGUCUGAAGGGUCUAAUGCUACACAAUUAGGUUGGUACGGUCCUCGUUGGAAAAGUUUCCUCGAGGAUGCCAAGGUAGAGUGUCGUGCGCAGCAAGCAUUAGACAACCCCUUCCCGAAGCUUGAGGAUUUGCCGUACACUGUCACUGAAUCUCUUUCAGUGUCCCUCAUACAAUGGCUCAAAAACGGUGGUCAGGUUGAAGCUGACGUGUGGCCCGCUCACAAGUCUGACAUGUCAAGGCUGUUGUAUGAUGAUUCAGCUACAUGGUGUUCCGACCUCAAAAAGAUCACUAUCGCCAUCACACCUUCUGUGUACAGUCUUGUCCCCCCAGCCACCAUCCCCGUUCAGGAGCGCGCAGCUUGGGUUCAAAAUGCCGCUAUGGAUUGGCUGGAUGAUUCCUUGUUUCUUCAUGAUGGAGUAGACAAGCUGGGGAAGACCAGGAACUUUGCUCACCCUGGGCUUCAUGAGGCCACCAUACUUUUCCUCCACACCGGGUCUUAUUGUAUUGCUCGUAGGCGACCAGAGAUCUUUCGGAAGGAGAUACCAUUGACUUGCUUCACUCUUGUCUGCACAACAUUCAAUUGCGUCUUCAAUGGCCUCAUUAAGAACGGAAAUGGAAAAUCUUUCCUGAACUUCACAGCUAAGAAGUACAAACCUAUCUAUCUUACAAUGUUGCAACUUCUCUGCGAAGUUAUGGAGGAUCCUUAUCAUGGUCCCAGGCUGGUGCUGCAGCUUCAUGCACGGGCCGAAGCUGGAUGGGCCAAGUCCUGUAAGCUCGACGGCAUUGACCCAUCAAAGUGCUGCCACCUCCGCAUCCAGCUUGAUUGA